UAUUCUAUGGUAUGCAUAAAAUGGUUGUUGAAGUCUAGUGUUUAUCAGUAAUGAAUAAACAUGUUUUUAAGAGAAAAUAAUGAGUUCAGUUGCUGAGAAUAAACUUUUGAAUGAACUUUCAAUAACCAGUGUUUUAAAAUCUUUGGUUUCUAAUAACCUCAUUUAUAAAUUGAACGAAAGGCUUAGAUACGUGAAAAUUUGUGAGCGAUCAAUGGCGGAUUAGAAUUUCCUCAAAUUCUGUGUUUAUAUACAACUUUUUGUAUACAUUUCGAGAUUUUCCGAUCCAAAUGUUUCAAGUUGAAUAAAGAAAUUGUCACUAAAGAAUCGCUAAAUCAUGGCAGAAUCUUACACCAGUAAAAUUCCCAAAAUAAUGGUAUUUAGACCUACUUGGGAUGAAUUUAAGGAUUUUUCCAAGUAUGUUCAAGUAAUGGAAUCACAAGGGGCUCAUAAAGCUGGUUUAGCAAAGGUUAUUCCUCCCCCAGAGUGGGUACCACGUAAAUCUGGUUAUAAUCUGGAGGAUCUUAAUGUAACUAUUCCAGCUCCUAUAUGUCAGGUUGUUACUGGUAAACAAGGUCUCUAUCAACAAAUUAAUAUUCAGAAAAAAUCUAUGACAGUAAAACAAUAUGGUGAAUUAGCAAACUCUGAACGUUAUGCCACUCCCAGACAUUUUGAUUAUGAGGACUUGGAAAGAAAAUAUUGGAAAAACAUCACUUACGUAGCACCUAUUUAUGGAGCUGAUGUUUCUGGCAGUUUGACUGAUGAACAUGUGAAUGAAUGGAACAUCAAUAGAUUAGGUACCAUACUUGAUUAUGUAAAUGAAGAUUAUGGUAUUUCCAUUGAGGGAGUCAAUACAGCAUAUCUAUAUUUUGGUAUGUGGAAAACAACAUUUGCUUGGCAUACUGAAGAUAUGGAUUUGUAUUCCAUAAAUUAUCUGCAUUUUGGAGCUCCUAAGACUUGGUAUGCUGUACCACCAGAACAUGGAAGAAGGUUAGAAAGACUGGCUAAUGGCUUUUUUCCCAGCAGUUACAAAACUUGCAAUGCCUUUUUACGUCAUAAAAUGACCUUAAUUUCACCUCAGAUUCUUAAACAAUAUUCGAUACCAUACAAUAAAAUCACACAAGAAGCAGGAGAGAUAAUGAUUACUUUUCCUUAUGGUUAUCAUGCUGGGUUCAACCAUGGCUUUAACUGUGCAGAAUCUACUAAUUUUGCUUGUGAAAGAUGGGUAGAAUAUGGAAAAAGAGCUUCUCAAUGUACUUGUAGCAAAGAUAUGGUGAAGAUAUCCAUGGACACUUUUGUUAAAAGAUUCCAACCAGAUAGGUAUGAAAUGUGGUUGAAAGGGGAAGAUGUAGGUCCGCAUCCGGAAGAGCCCAAUCGUCAAGUAGCAGCGCCCCUACCGUUGCCCCAAGAUAUUCUCUGCAACAAGAACAAUACUUCCCUUCCCCAAAGCUUUAUAGAUGGACCCAUGAAAAAGGGUCGAAAGGGAAAAAUGAAUUACCAACAAGAUUUUUCUCUAGUCGAUUUCCCCACAGAACUCCAACUUCAGCUGAUGGAGGAAGAUCGUCUGGACUUUGCACAAGAUGAAAUAGCUCCCGAUGAACAACAGUUGGAGGUCCUAGAAGAUAUUUGGCUAAAAGCUGGGGAAAUGGAAGCAGAAGAUGCAUCGUUCUGUGAUGAAGGAUAUCGUGUAAACAAUAAACGUAAAUACUUCGGUCGAAAUAAAAGGAACAAGCAAAAACAAGACAAAGAUAAUUCUACAUCUACCAUUAAAGUACCAAAGAAGACAAAGUCUGAUGGCGAAGGUAAAAGCCACAAGAAGAAGAAGUCCACCAUAGAUGAUCUAACAGGCAUUUAUACAGCUUGCCAGAGCAAAACCAAGAAAGUUUGCGGAAAAAUUGUCGCUCCUUUGAGUCUUGAUGGAGGUGGAUCUUCCGCAGAUACCAGUGAUUUGGUGAAGACUUUAGUCGCUAAAGAAGCUGAUAAAUUGCUGAGUGUACAUAGCCACAAGGCAAAGAAAAGGAAACACAAACAUAGGGAAGACAAAGAGCACAGGCAUAAACACAAGAAAAAAAAACAUCAUCACCAUCACCACAGUUCCUUAGAAAAUACCAUAUCUUCCUUGGCCAGAGAGAUCAAGAGAGAAAACGAUCAGAAUUCCCAAGAAAACUCGGAAGUGAAGAACGAAAUCGACAAUAUAAUUCGCGAAGCUGCCGAAGAACAUGAACAGCUGCAGAAGCGAAAUUCGAAUACUGGAAAUUCGGUGGAGAACCAACUGAAUCCUCAACUGACCAUAGAAAAGCUGCCUAAUUCAGUUCACAGAGUAACCCAUUUGGAACAGGGAAAGUCUUCGACAAUGGUGGCCCUUAAAAAUUUCAGAAAAUUAAACGACUCCAAAUCUCCCAUUCCCGUGUUGCCUUCUUUGGGUAAGGUACAAACUAUUCACACCUCAAAAGGCACCAUUACAGUUUUAGAUAAAGAAUGCCUGUCUACUCAAUCAACUACUGUACUGAAACCAGCAACUUUUACUCCUCAAGAAGCCCCUUCUACUUCUGUCGAUAAUUCUCCCGUUGGAGGUGCAGAAUCUGUUCAUCCGGGCUUCAAUAACGCUUUCUUGUCAUUCCUACAGCAAGGGACUACCGAAACCCCAUCCACUGAAUCUAAAAUAAAAACCGACAAAAAGAAAAAGAUCGGUACUGCCGGUGUAUCAGAGUCUAGUCAUCACGAUCUUAUUAAGGAUAUUCUUAAGUCUACCUAUGCGACCACCAAAGAUAAGCAAGAGGCUAAACAGGUGGAGAAUCUCGAGGAAAAGAAAGAUCCCCAGUCCAGACUUCAGUUGGCUCUCCAGCAGGCCGUCGAUCAACUAAGUUUCGGUCCAAUCGGAGAGAAAGAAGAAACGGUUGCGACUUGUGAAAAAAUUAGUACAAAGGACGGCUCUAACUAUCAAGGGAACAGUUGGAAUAACAAGAAAUACGUGGUGAACAAUUGCACAUCGAGCACAUACUUCAAUAGCAACAGAUUCUACCCCUUCAGUUCAACACCGAUUAAGUUAGGAAAUGGAAAUGAAGGAGAAAAAACCAAAGUAGUGAUUGAGCGUUAUAAUAACGAUGGGAUCAUAACAGCGGUAGAUAAGAACAUAAAUCGGAUGAGUAACGUAUUGUGUGAAGAGGCAAGUAGAUUGAGAUCAAGUGUUCAUGAUAAUUAUGAUGACUGUAACCUAUUGUCGAAAUUCGAACAGGAAUACUUGAAGAAAGAUGAGAAUGAAACGUCAAACGACGACAAUAAUGAUGUAGAACCUUCGAUCAAAGUCAAACAAGAACAAUGCAGUUCGGAAGAUUCAGAUUCGGAUAGUACAGACAGUUGUUCUACAUGCGACUCUGAAUGUUCUACCUGCGAAUCAGACUCUGAAAAUGCUGAUCGUACAGUCAAGGACGAUGAACGGUUCGAGAUGAAGAAAAAGAAUAAGUCCAAUCCUGAAGGUGGAAAUGAAGGUUAUGAUCAAAUUAAGAGAGGGCCUGGUAGGCCAAAGCAGCAGACGACCACUCCAAAAAAGGUUACCCUCAGACAAAUAGUAGUUGGUCAGAGAGGCUUGGGACGACCUAAAAAGCAUGUACAAGAACAGAUAGCCCGAAUGAAGACAAUAUUGGAAAAGUAUAAGUCUGGGCAGAAACUGCCUUCUACCCAAGCUGAUGAGAAUGGAUUAAGCGAGUAUCUUAAGCUCAAAGCUUCAUGUUUGACACCCAAGGGUAUCUCUAUUAAACUAGAUGAUGUGAUGAAAAACUUCGAUGAGGAAGUGAGGACUGAAUUACUAUCUGGUAAAACAUUGACGGAGAUACCUGUGUUAAAAAAAGCCGUCAAAGUAGAGCCAGUGGAAGAAAGGAUUGAUUUUGUUCCUCCAGAAAGAAAGAAGAAAGAACCCCCAAGCCCGAUCAGUGCACAGCAUCAAAAAUCUUCAGGAAUACCAAGCAAGACACCUCUGAAAUCUGGGGACACGGUUUGGGCCAAACCGUCAAAUAUUGAUAGAUAUAAAAAGGCAAAGGUCCUUGAAAUAACAGAAUUGCCUUACGUUUCUGUUUACUUCCCCCAUGAUGAAAGUUUUUCCAAAGAUGUCUUAUUUUCCGAUCUGAUUUGGCCUUGGAGGACCAGACCCCCAAAGAGUGGUCAAAAAGUUCAAGUCAGAUGGACCGAUGGUCAGAUACAUACUGCGGAUUUCAUUUGUAGGACUACAAGACAUACACUACAAAUCGAAUUUGAAAAUGGGGAACGGAUGAGCGUGAGAAGAGAAGACGUAUUUUCCCUGGCUGAUAGUAUCCCAAAGAGGAUCGAAGGAUUAAAGGCUAUUUCAGCUGAUGGAAAGAAUCAGUGGAAUGACUCUGAUCGCUCGGACAUGGAAAAGACUAUCAAGCAGGAAAAAUCUUUCGAAGACGACUAGCGGUUGAAAUUUUCUGGUGGGAAAAUGGUUCAUCCCCCCAGAAAUAAUUUAAAAAGACUGAGAAAACUUGUUCAUUUGAGGACUAAUCCAUAAUUAUGUGGAUUUCAUCGACCAGUGUUGGUUGCACUUGCCCGCCGCCAGUUCUGAACAAUGCUCUUUUUCCUUUUCCAGAGAAUUCUUCAAAAGUUUGAUUCUCGUUGAUUCUAUUCAGUAUAUGAAUACUGAUUUCGAAUGGUUUUCUGUGUUUAAAGUAUUAAUUAUAAAAGGUGAAUUCCAAUUUCGAAAUUUUAAUUGUGAUUCCGUUCUAUAGAAUUUUUUGUGUGAUAAAAAAUUAUUUAUGUUUGUAUAUAUUAAGGUACAUAAGUAUAUUUAGGAGAGGUGUAUUUGGAAAUUUCUUUUGAUGUAAAGAUGUUUCAGAAUGUAUAAUAGAGAUAUAAUUAAUAUUAUGUAGAAAUAAAUGGAUUUAAUUAUGCAACACUGAAAAUAAUUCAAUUAUUUUAAGUUUUGCAACACUUGUAGGUUAUAUAAAUAAAAAUUUAAAAAUU